AUGACCACUCCAACACUCCUGGAAUUAGAGAAGGAAUUACAUGCAUUGGGACCCACUUUGGAACCUUCUACCACACUCUGUAUUGAUAUUAUAAAAGAAGUUUGUGAAAGAUCAGCUCUUCGGAGACCUGAUUUGGUAUUGAGAUGUGGACAGGCCUUGUUGUUUGGCUCCAGGAAGAAAGAGGCUCUUUCACGAUUGGGAAAUUCAGUGUGGGAUUUUUAUGAAUAUUUAUUGCGGGCUGCUUUGGAUUUAAACCAUAAUGUUUUAGCAGGGAAAUGUCUAGAAAUUCUUCAAAACAAGUUUGGAGACACUCUCCGAGUGAAAAAGCUUGAAGCUCUCGCUUUGGAGGGUGCUGGAGAAUUCGAACAAGCUCUCGCUAUAUAUGAUGACUUGAUUGAAAUGCAUCCAACAGACGCCAUUUGCUACAAGAGAAAAGUUGCCAUUUACAAGUCACAAAAUUUACUUGCAGAAAGUGUUCAAGCAUUGAACAAAUAUUUACAAAUUUAUCAAAAUGAUUUGGAGGCUUAUGAAGAAUUGGCAGAUAUUUAUCUUACUCUUGGAGAUUACAAAAGUGCACUCUUUUGCAUUGAAGAAAUGAUUUUGAGUAGUCCAGAGAAUUAUAUUUUCCAUUUGAAAUAUGCAGACAUUCUCUACACUAUUGGAGAUUUUAGAAAUGCCAGGAAAUACUACUCUCAAUCCCUCAAUAUCAACAGUGAGAAUAAUACGAGAGCUCUCUUUGGUUUGUAUUUGACCUGUAAGGCUUUGGGAUCGGGUGAAAAGUUGAAUCGAGAACUCUCUGCACUCACCAAACAAAAACUGGUGCAACAAUAUGAAAAGAGUGGAAAUAAGGAAAUGGCCAAACUCUUGAAUAAUGCCUUGGAAUCUCUUGUAGAAUAA